GGCCAGAUGUGCGACGGUGGUUUCAGUGCCGCGGAGGGGCUCUCAAGGAUGGCCUCCCUCGGGGGAGCCGCCUUGGGGGUCCCGCAAGGUCUGCAAACACCGCAGUCGGUCAAGAAGCAGGAGGACCACAUCAAGCGGCCCAUGAACGCCUUCAUGGUGUGGUCCCGGUUGCAGAGGCGGAAAAUUGCUCAAGAGAACCCCAAGAUGCACAAUUCUGAGAUAUCUAAAAGACUGGGUGCAGAGUGGAAGCUGCUGACGGAAGACGAGAAGAGGCCUUUCAUCGACGAGGCGAAGCGGCUGAGGGCCCUGCAUAUGAAAGAACAUCCAGACUACAAAUACAGGCCACGACGCAAGCCGAAAACCUUGAGGAAAGAGGGUUAUCCUUAUUCCAUUCCAUAUCCUUCGGUGCCGAUGGACGCUCUCAGGGCAGGGAUGGCUGCAAGCAGUAUGAGUCAAUCCAUGGCCUCCUACUAUAACCCUUCAGCGGCUUACGGGUCGCUCAGCGCAGCUUCAAUGGCUGCGGCUGCGGCUGCAGCUCAGCAAUCGGCGGCUGCGAUGUCUGCGGGACUUACCGGGACAGCUCAGGUGGUCAGUUCGAUGGACGCCAUGAAAUAUUCGAUGGAAGCCGACAAGUACCGCUCCCCCUACAUGCCGCCGUCCACCCUCGCCAUGUCGAUGUACUCCGAUCCGAAAUACAUGGAUUCCUCCUCCAAGAGCUACCUGGAGCGAGGCUACCUCGACUCCACAUCCGCUCUCACCAAGGCCUACUUCGAAUCGUCCAAGAUGUACAUGGACGCCAACAAAUACAACCCCGAAUCCUCCAGGUCAUAUCCGGCCCUCGACAUAAGCAAGAUGUACUCGGAACACCAGCAGCAGCAACAGCAGCAGCAGAUCCCAGGAGGUAUGGGCUCCCCCAGGUCUUCGGAUUCACCUGACGUUAAACCGAACCAAGAACGUCUGGAGGGCGCUUCAUCGUCAAGUUCGACCACUACGUCAUCAGCGGGGGCGUCCCCAGGUGCUCUGCCAGGCUACUACCCAGGUAGCACCAUGCAGCAGGGUAACUCGGUGCCAGGCCUGCUGCCCAUGGCCCAGUACCCGGGGCAAUAUCCGACGCAGACGCCAGGAAGUGAAUUUAGACGGCCUCUAACUGUACUAUUUUGA